UCUCUCACAUUAACAUCAUGCUAAUUUCUCACAUUAACAUCACGCUAAUUUCUCACAUUAACAUCACGCUAAUUUCUCACAUUAACAUGCUAAUUUCUCACAUGAACAUCACACUAAUUUCUCACAUUAACAUCACGCCAAUUUCUCACAUUAACAUGCAAAUUUCUCACUUGAACAUCGUGAUAAUUUCUCACAUUAACAUGCUAAUUUCUCACGUUAAAUAAUGCACAUUUCGCACAUUAACAUGCUCAUUUCUCACAUUUGCAUGCUAAUUUCUCACAUUAACAUCACGCUAAUUUCUGACAUUAACAUGCUAAUUUCUCACGUGAACAUCAUGAUAAUUUUUCACACAAACAUGCAAAUUUCUCACGUUAAUGAAAAUUUCUCACGUUAAUGAAAAUUUCUCACAUCAAAAUGCUAAUUUCUCACAUUAACAUCAUGCUAAUAUCUCACAUUAACAUGCUAACUUCUCAAUUAACAUGCUAAUUUCUCACAUUAACAUGCUAAUUUCUCACGUUAAAUAAUGCAAAUUUCGCACAUUAACAUGCUAAUUUCUCACAUUUGCAUGCUAUUUUCUCACAGUAACAUCAUGCUAAUUUCUCACAUAAACAUGCUAAUUUAUCACGUUAAAAUCAUGCUAAUGUCUCACAUUAACAUGCUAACUUCUCACAUUAACCUGCUAAUUUCUCAUAUAAACAUGAAUUCCUGCAGUCACGAAAGCUUUAAGUCAAGAUUUAUAUACUACAUACUACACACUGCACCACACUACUAUACACUAUGCUAUACACUACUCUAUACACUACUAUACACUACACUACUAUACACUAGACACUACUAAACACUACACUACUAUACACUACGCUAUACACUACACUAUACACUACUAUACACUACACUACUAUACACUAGACACUACUAAACACUACACUACUAUACACUAUGCUAUACACUACUCUAUACACUACUAUACACUACACUACUAUACACUAGACACUACUAAACACUACACUACUAUACACUACACUAUACACUAUACUAUACACUACUAUACACUACACUAUACACUACACUAUUAUACACUACACUACUAAACACUACGCUAUACACUACACUAUACACUACUAUAUGCUAGACACUACUAUACCCUUCGCUAUACACUACACUAUACACUACUAUACACUACACUACUAAAAACAAUCUGUCCAUGUCACGCAACCCUCAGGGGCUUGCGUGCACCACAGGUUAAGAAGAAUAAGAAGAGCCACCCGUUGUCGCCUGGAACGCCACCACACGGAGCCGGAGAUCUCACCAAAACCCAGCCGAUCGCACCACGCGGAGCCGGAGAUGUCACCGGCACCCGGCUAAGGAGACCACGUGAAGACGGAGAUCUCACCAGAACUCAGCUGACGCAUCACGCGGAGCCGGAGAUCUCACCAGAACCCAGCCCACGGCUUAGCGACCAACGCGGCACACCUUCCGUUGAGCCGCAGUUGGCUCCGUACGGCGCGAAAGACAGAGGUUCAACUCUACGCGCGUUAACAUCGCAGCUCGCCACAAGCCAAGGAAGCUGCCACAGCUGUCCACGGCUGUCCACGGCUGUCCACGGCUGUCAACAGGCCUUGCCGCCCCCACGCUCGCGCCCCCAAAGAAACUUUCAAGACGUCUCCUGCCCCCCGUUAAACCUCGACCGCGGCUGGCGAGUGCGAGCGAGUUGCCGUGCGGGCGAGCGGGCGAGUCGAUUUGUGAACAUUUUGUGAGCGGGUGAAUGGGUCGGGCGAGCGAGCGACUGAGGAAGUUAGCGAGUGCGUGAGCAGGUGAGUGAGCGACCAAGUGGGAGUUCACGAGCGAGCAAAUCGAGAGAGUGCGUGAGAGAGCAUGCGAAUGAAUGAGUUGUCGACUGAGCGAACGAGCGAGUGUGUAUGAGAGUGAGCAAGUGAGCGAGUGAGCAAUCGAGCGAGUGUGUGAGUGUGCGAGCGAACAAACGACUGAGCGAGCGAGCGAGGAGCUCCAUCACCACCGGUGAGGUCUUGCGUCCCGGCGGGAACCGUGGUUGUUCGCGAUGCCGCGCCGUGCCGCGUGGGCCGGGCUGCAGCUGCUGCUGCUGGUGGCGGCCGUGCCGCUGCAGACGCUCAUCGUGCAGUGGAGCGGCAACAACGCCUUCCAGAGGCUGCACGCCAUGCGCUGGCUCACGGAGGAGUUGGGGGGGCUGCAGCAGCGACUGCUGAGACCGGUGCCGUGGCUGUCGUGGGCACGCGGCUUGGUGCGGCACGCGCGCACGGCGCUGGGUGAGGAGGAAGAGGAGGAUGCGAUGGGGGAGUGCGCUGCCUUGGAAGUUCUUCGGCUGGAGGAGAUAGACGGACACUUUGCCACCUCGGUGUCGGUGCGCUCCCCGCGCCCCCCCCGCGUCUCGUUCCGCGUGGGCCAGGUGGUCCGGCACCGGCACGCCGGCUUCACCGGCGUCAUCAUUGGCUGGGACGCGCGCACACACGCACCCCACGACUGGAUGCAGCGCUCACACCGCGGGAAGGCGAGUCUCCGCGAGGCCCCCCACUACCGCGUGCUCGUGUCGGGGAGGAACGCCGUCACCUACGUGCCGCAGGACGACAUCGCCGUCCUCAACGGGGUGCAGGUCACCCACGAGGAGCUGGCCGUCUACUUCCGGGCGUUCGACGGCGCGCAGUACGUCGCGAGGCCCUGGCUGCGCGAGCUCUACCCCCACGACUGAUGGCGGCGGUGACGACGACCGAGACGACGGCGGUGACACCAAACACCGUUGCCGUGGCGCGGUGAACCUGCAGCGGACCGGAGUUGCGUGCAGACACAUGGGAUUUGUCCGUCGUGCUGGAUAGAUGUUAACUACCUCGCCCGGUAUGCAGGUGGUCGUGGGUUCCAUCCCGACCCCGACUCCUGCUGUAUAUUUUGAGUUUGCGUCUCUCUCUCUCUCACCGUGGUGGCCUGGAUUUGUUUUCUCCGGGUGCUGUGCUCCGGUUAUUCUCUCCGCAUUUAGAAUCGACCGACGUCACGCGUUGUAGAGCUUUGGGCUGUCAGUUCCCAACGUGACGACGACGAUGACGAAGCCGCCAACUUCUUUGAGCCAUCAUUUGUGGUGGCCAGGUCGCUUUGCGAACAAGAGCCUUACAGUGGCGUGCGCUCUCCACACGCGAGGUGGGGGGGGUCACGACGCUGGCGGAUGCAGAAAUAAUACCGGUGCGGAAAAAUGGGGUUCACGUUCCUGGUACGAGUGAACAUUGGGGUGGGAAUAAUGGGAAAUGUUUAAUAGCAAUGGAUUCCAAUAAAUAAUACAUUGUAAAGAA